AUGAUGUUUAUGAUGAAAUCAACGAUAAUUGUGAUAACUGAUGACAAAGUCGACCAUGAAUGUAACGACGAUGAUGGUGAUGACGAUGUCGACGAUAGAUGUAACGACGAUGAUGGUGAUGACGAUAUCGACCAUGAAUUUAACGACAUGAUGGUGAUGACUGAUGACGAUACUGACGAUGAAUGUAACGACGAUGAUGACGAUGUCGACGAUGAAUGUAACUACAUGAUGAUGAUGACUGAUGAUGAUACUGACGAUGAAUGUAACGACGAUGAUGAUGAUGUCGACGAUGAAUGUAACUACAUGAUGGUGAUGACUGAUGACGAUACUGACGAUGAAUGUAACGACGAUGAUGACGAUGUCGACGAUAGAUGUAACGACGAUGAUUGUGAUGACUGA